CUGUAUAGUUACUUAUAGAUUAAGAAACAUUUAUGAUGUGAAAUUAAAUGCAAAAAUACCAUAAAACCUAUGUUACUUUGGCAAAAGUGAAUCUGAACUCAGCAAAUGAGCCAAAAUAUAUAACAGUAUCCAGGGGCGGACUGACCAUUUGGAAACUCGGGCACUGCCCGAGGGCUUGGGAUGCCCCUGGUACCUUUUUCAUAGGCUUUUUUGAGUUUCAGCAAGGACACAGGGGCCCCAUGAUCCCAUAUUGCCCAGGG